CGCGGGCAUGGCGCUGCCGCGGGGGCUCGCGCUGCUGCUGCUGCUGCUGGGGGGGCGCGGCGCCAUCGUCAUCCCCCCCGAGUUCCAGCAGCCCCCCGAGCUGACGGAGGCGCCCCCGGAGCAGCUCGUGGUGUUCCCCAGCGACGACGCCGUGCUCAAGUGCGCGGCCAGCGGCCGCCCCGCGCCGCAGUUCCGCUGGACGCGCGAGGGCCGCCCGUUCCCGUCGCCGUCGCUGUCCCCGGCGGAGCUGGGGGGGGUCUCGGUGUCCCCCGGGGGGGGGACCUUGGUCAUCAACGCCAGCCUGGCCGGGCGCCUGCAGGGCCGGUUCCGCUGCGCCGCCAGCAACGCGCUGGGGACCGCGCUGUCCCCCGAGAGCCGCCUCAUCGCCGAGAGGACCGCGCUGUCCCCCGAGAGCCGCCUCAUCGCCGAGAGUGAGCCUAAAUCCCCUAAACACACCCCAAAAAUAACCCAAAAUAACUCCAAAAUCCUCCCGACCCUCUCGGGGACAGGUCACCUGAACGUCACCUGGGUGUCACCUGGGUGUCACCUGAUUGUCCUCCGGGUGUCCCCUGGGUGUCCCCCGGGUGUCACCGUCCCCCGGUGUCCCCGCAGGUUCCGCUGGACGCGCGAGGGCCGCCCGUUCCCGUCGCCGUCGCUGUCCCCGGCGGAGCUGGGGGGGGUCUCGGUGUCCCCCGGGGGGGGGACCUUGGUCAUCAACGCCAGCCUGGCCGGGCGCCUGCAGGGCCGGUUCCGCUGCGCCGCCAGCAACGCGCUGGGGACCGCGCUGUCCCCCGAGAGCCGCCUCAUCGCCGAGAGCACGCCGCAGUGGCCCAAGGAGAAGGUGACGCCGGUGCAGGUGGAGGAGGGGGACCCCGUGGUGCUGCCCUGCGACCCCCCCAAAAGCGCCGUGCCCCCCAAGAUCUACUGGCUCAACAGCCGGAUCGUGCACAUUGCCCAGGAUGCCCGGGUGAGCAUGGGCCAGGACGGGUUCCUGUACUUUGCCAACGCCCAGGUCGGGGACAGCCACCCCGACUACAUCUGCCACGCGCACUACCUGGGGCCGCGCACCAUCAUCCAGAAGGAGCCGCUGGACCUGCGCGUCAGCCCCA